AUGGGCUCGAUUUAUGCGGACCUCGUUCAUCCUCAACACGUGCCUUCCAGGAUGCAGCACAAGGGGAAGGUUCGGCCUGACCUGCUGCUGCAAUUGGGGCCUCACCCAGGGCACGAUGAGGUGAGGAGAGUCCUCGCACCCGAGAUGGAGAGAUGGAAGGGCAAUCCGAAGCCGGCGACAGUGAUGCUGGCGGCGCUGGCAAGGAAGGGCUGGGUGCAACUGGCGGGUCAAGUUCUUCAUCUGAUGCUCAAGGAGGCGCUGGAAGUCAACGUCUUCCACUACAGCGCGGUGAUCUCCGCCUGCGAGGACGACUGGCGGCUGUCGCUGGAGCUGCUGGACCAGAUGAAGGACCUAGACAUUUCACCCAACCAGAUCAGCUUUAGCUCGGCGUCGACUGCUUGUGCCAAUGGAAGCUGCUGGCAUCUUUCGCUGCACUUGCUGCACAGUAUGCCCUGCAAAAGAUUCAACCUGGAUCAAGUGAGCUUCAACUCGGCCAUCGACGUGUGUCGAGUGGAGUGGGCCGGGGCUGUGGCGCUGCUGCUUGAGAUGCCCAGGCGCGGGUUGUCUCAAGACGCCUUCAGCUUUGGUGCGGCAAUCAAUGCCUGCGAGCGAGGCAGCGAGUGGCAGAUGGUGUUGGAGCUUCUGUCACUAAUGCGCCACAUUCGAGUGCCGGUGAAUAACAUCAGCGGCUCUGCUGCAAUCAGCGCUUGUGGGCAGAAAGGGCAUCGGUGGCAGCUCUCCAUUGGCUUGCUGGGAGAAGUCGCACAGCUUUCGCGAGUUCCGGAUAGCUUCGUAUGGAGUGCAACGAUCAGUGCUUGUGAGACCUGCUCCGUAUGGGAACUGGCGCUCGCAGUGCUGCAUCAAAUGAGCUUCAACCACGUCCCACCAAAUGUGGAAAGCUGCACUGCUUGCCUCAGUGCAUGUGAGAAGACAUGCCAUUGGCAGCACACCCUACUGCUCUUCUCUGAGAUGGACAGAACAUUCCAUGUCUCGCCCAACAUCAUCUCCAUGUCAUCUGCACUUGCAGCUACACAUCGGGGCGGGCAGCACUUGCACGCGCUCGAGCUGCUUUCUCGCGUUUACACCUCGGCAUGGUCUUUGAAGCGAUGGUGGUCAUAG